UGUGCUGAAGUCUCUCUGAAAGGUUCACCUUUGUGGUGUUACAGGCUAUUUGUUAUUUGUCAGGAAAGCUCUUGGCUGUUUCAUAUACUUAAAGAAAGCCAAGCAGAUUUUCUUGUCCUAUUUUUUGGUAUUGCACAAACGAAACAUAUGUCAGUGUUUGAAGGAAGAACUUACCAUAUGUUAAUGACAGAGAUUGCCAUCAUGUGAGCCAAUCCAAACCGAAAGAAAAAUGCAACUGAGUUCUGAUUUUGUGUACAAAGUAAACCAAUAAUAUCUCUAUUGCACUAAAAAAAGGAUCACUACAAGUUGCUGUUAUUGUUUCAUUAUUUUUUAAUUACUUAUUUGUAUCAUGGUAGCAUCUUAGUGGUCCCACUCACGAGUCAGGCUAGUAAAAGGAUAGAAAUGCUGCAACCAUUCAAGAAAGUGUUUAUCAGCACCCUGUCAGCAACUGUAUAUGACAGCAAGAAGCAAAUGGAGAGAAAAUCUGUAUAAUGGAGAGGUAAUUAUUACGAUAAUCUCAGUUAUUCCACAGUAUCAUUGAUGAGAACAUAGUGAUGAGUAUUGAAAGACAUAUUCCACAUUAUUCUCCAUGCUUGCUUAUAUAGCCUUUGCAAUUUUUUCCUCUGAAAUUGUCUCAGUUGUGAUCGUAUCUCCAGGUUUAUCCCAGAGUCAUCUCCAUUGGGUGUUAGCACUUCCUUUGCUACCCCUUUCUUUUUAGGUCCUGUGCUUUCCAGAGGUGUUUGCACUACCAGCUGAGGUUCAAGAUUGUCACCUCAGCAAACAAGACAAGAGUGCUAUAAUACCGACCUUGAACUGAAGCAUGUCUCAACCCUACAGUCAGUUAAGUGAUUUUUGUUUCACAAUGUCAUUGAAAGUAUUGAGCUUACUUUAGAUGCCCUAUAAAAUAUUAUUAAAUCUGGUUUUGCUGGUCUUUUAACAGCUUAUGAAACUUCAUUCCUUAUUAAAUUUCUGGACUUGCAUUUAUUAAUUCCUGUUAUGAAAGCUUUUGAUUAAUAUUUGUAGCUCUACAAUUUUACAGAUUUACACUGCUAUAUGUAUUGUAUUGCAGUCAUUUUGUUAAGGGAGCCAGACAGGUUAACUUAAGAAAUGUAAAUGUAUGGCUUAUUAGACCAUUUUAUUAUAAAAAGUGCAGAACUGCAAAUACACUAGAAAACAUUGAUGUUUUAAUAUUGCUUGACAGUCCUUUGAUAGCACGGUACUGAAUUUAACUUGCAGAGGUAAAAGAGAGGUUUAUACCAUUUUUUGCUUACUGUGUAUAAGACUUCCUGAAAGGGCGUUUUGGGGGGAUUAUUUAUGUGGUUGCAUUUAGGGUUUUGGCAUGCUUUAAUAUUUGAGGGGAGAGGACUUCCUGCUGCUUGUUUUUUUCCACGUGGGGCUUGAGUUCUCAUGAGAGCUCUGCCUUCCCCUGGGUCUGCACCUGUGCCCUGACCCACAGGCAAUGCCCUGGCCUGAGGGCUACCCUGAGGUGCCCCCCAGCCUGCCCAGUCCCCCAGCUGCCCCACCAGCCUGGAGACCCCCACAGCACCCUGGCCUAAGACCUCAGGUCACCUCAAACCCUGAGCCCCAGCAACCAAACCUUUGGGAGGGUGGAUGCUCUCAGGGCUCCAAGAGACCGGAGUGCUGGGAAGAUUGUGACAGUGUGUUUGCUGUGCAAAUGAAACCAGAUGGGAGAAUGAGCAUGUCUUAUGCAGAUAAGUUGUUUUCACUUGAGCUAACUGGAUGUGAAUAAAAACAAACCCAGGAAAACCCUUGCUGUGGAGGGGAGAAGCAGCUUGUUAGUGAAGACAGACAAUGUGUGUGCCUUCGGCAGAGGGAGGAAAGGGUACGUACUGAGAACUCCAGGCAAGAAAAACAAGAACUGGCUUCAGCCUGCCAAUAUUUCUAAAAACAAAAAGGGAGGAGGAGAAAUGAGCAAUGUGUCAGCCUUCAACACUGACUUAUGAACAAGGGCUUGACCUGCAGAUUGCUGGGGGAAGGGUGGGAUCCAAGGUCUCGCAGCAGCUCUGCAGGGAGUGAAUCACAACCUGAACAUGAGUCAACAGGACCUGGCUGUUGUGAAAAUGUUAAAUGUCAAUACGGCGAUGUUUACACAGAACUAUAACUUCUAAAAUGCAUGAAGCAAUCCUUGAGCUCCACUUAGCACUAGGUAAGGCCUCGGCUAGAGCAGUGUGUCCAGCGUUGAGCACAUUUUUUCCUCUGCAAGGGAAAUGUGAAGUAGCUGGAGGGAAACCAAGCAGAGAGAAUCAAGAAUGAUUAGAAGUUUGGAAGAGCCUGUCCUCACAGGUCAUGUUAGAGAUCAAGGAACUGUUGUUCAGUGUGAACAACAGAAGACCAGAGGGGCCACAGAAAUUGGGUUUUUUGUAAGAAGCAUAUUUUGCAAAGAAGAAGGGAAUUAUCUACAUGAGUAGGGCAAAAAUAAUAGGCUUAAUUGCAGCAUGAGACAAUUAGGUUAGAUUAUUAGGAAAAACCUUCUAGCCAUAGAGAUGGUUACAAGCAGGGAGAGAUGAUCUAAGAAAGCUAUCAAAAAACUGUGUUACUGGAGAUUUUUUAAGACUAUUUAAAAUAAAUAGGGGUCAAGAAAACACUGGGGCAAGAUGCGCUACACAAAUUCUUGGGGCCCCUUUUUGUUCUGUUUGUGUGUGAUUCCCCACUUAUGAGAACUGAACUUGGCUCAUGCAUGGUCUUGCCCAUAUAGACUAAUUCCAAACUGAUGGUACUGGGCAAACUGGUCAGCAGUGGUCAAAAUCACAGCCAGAAAUACUCUCUCUUCCACCAACAGAAGCUUUCAUGUAGCGUGGGCUGAAUUCCAGUAAAAUCCUGUGAAUUAAAACCUGUUGCAUUAAAGUGACAUUGAUUUCAGAAUUUUGUUCUGUGACAAAUCCAAAUUUCGGAUUUUCUGGUCUUCAUGUCUAUGUUAAGCAGUUAAAUGAAUGCAGCCUUUCUAAUACUCCACUGCACAGUAGGUGAAGUAAAUCUUCUCUUGCCAAUUAUCUGAAGACAUCUAUUGAAUUCAAGGAAAAACAGCAGCUCAGGCACUGGAGCACAGAGCCCAUUGCCAUGUUUAUGCAAAACUAGCUUCCCGUGCCCCAAAAGCUGUUUGUUCUCUCUGCGCUGUGCUGCAGACAGUAGCAUAGCUCACCGCAUCCGCUGUCAGAGAAGGAGGAGGAGCACAGAUGAAAGAAGCACAUCUCAAGCUCCUGCUCUUGGGCUCCCAUGGCUUCUCAGGGAGGACUUGGGGGCAGGAAGAACUAGAAAACAAGUAAACAUCUGCCCAACACCCAGGAGCAUCUUCCUUUGUUAAGAGGAUGUCCAGUUCCUUCAACACAGCUCCCAAAAGAGUUGCACUACAGCAGAGGGGAGACAGGCCCUGCUUUGCCUAUCACUCCCCCAGGCCAGGGUGUGCACCCAGAACAGACAGAUAAAUCCUCCUCCCCCAGAAUAACGUAUAUAAUUUCUUUCAUGCAUCAUUGGAACAGGCAGCCCAGGGAAGUGGUGGAGUCGCCAUCCCUGGAGGCGUUUAAAAGGCAUUUAGAUGAGGUUCUUAUGGACAUGGUUUACUGCUAGAGUUAAGUUAGGUUAUCGUUGGACUCAAUGAUCCUGAGGACCUCUUCCAACUGAAAUGAUGCUAUGAUUCUAUGAUAGAUGCCUCUUGUCAGUAUCAUUACAUAGUAGCAUACAGCCCAUCCUUCCAGCCCAUUUUUCUAGGACAUUAAGAUAUGGUAUGUAACAAUGACAGAAAGGGCACUAGCUUGAGAUUAAAUUAUUUGCUGUCCAGUUGUCAGAGCAGACUUUUAAUAAUCCACAUAGAAUACAGACAGAAACUUAACAGCUAAGACUGGCUGGGAUUCUUGAGGCAGCUUUCCUCAGCAAGGCAAAGGGACUGUCCUACAGGGCAGGGGAGCUGCUGUAUAGGAACGUUUUAUAACUCAGGAAAACCGCAUUCACCUGAUAAAAUAUAUUAAAUAGAAACUUGGAGAAGGAAGAAAAGCCACAUAGAUUUUAAUAAAGUCCAGGGAGUACAUGGGUAAGUUUGCCAUGUUCUCCAGUAAGAACAGAGGAAGCUGUUUUCUUAAUACAACUGGUUCAAAACAAAGUCAAGAAGCAGGGAGGGAAGACAAGUUUCCUGAUUUGGGGUUCCAAUGGCUCUUUUCCAGCACCUCUGUAUUUCAAUGGUCAGACUGGUUCUGCUUGCAGUAAGGGCCUUAGUUUUGGUUUGGAUCCACUUCUUCAUUUUACUGUGGUUUUUGAUCUGUGUUUCCCCUUUGCUCUUUUUUUUUUCUUAAGGUAACUAAUGCUGUUGUUCCAGUUUCAUCCCAUCAUCUCAGUCAUGCUGGGAAGUGAAACAAGUUGCUUAAUUGCUGUGCAGUACACAGCAGGACACGUCUCUUCCCUCAUAAGAGGUUGCUCUUAUUUGCCUUCCUCAUUUACAUUCUCAGCAGAGAGGACAAGGAGGGAUGUGGAGCUCCUCACUGCUGACAAAUGGUCUGUGGAAAUGGGAAAAAGUGGGGAAAGAAUUGCCAAGGUGAAGCACCCUUAAAGGUAAUGAUGCCUCUCCAGGCAGUUUUCUCUGGUCUGGUGGUUGCCUGUUCCCUUAAAUUUUGAAUCUUGGAGCUGUUACAGAUGUAUGCAUAUGGAUAUAUGCACAGCUUCCAGUGAAAUGGAUGGGAACUGGGACCACUGAGCCCCUUUCAGCAACGAGCUCUUUCUGACCGUGCAGUCGGGAUCCCUCCUCUCCUAAUUCCCAGAAGCAGAAGAAAGCCCAUAUGCUCCCAUCCAAGGAAAGGUGGGGUUUAGCAUUACACUCCUUUAGACAAAAACGAGACCCUAGAACUCCACCCAGCUCUCUGCUUUUACUCGCAUUCCACUAUUUGUGGUGAAUUGAGGCUGAGCGGGUGCAUUGUGGUACUCUGUUCAUUUUACGCCUUCACAACACAAGGCUGUGCAACAGGUCGUCGAUAGCCUCUGGCUGCUCUUGGCACUGACAAGCAAGCAAGAACAAGACAGUUCCCCUCUUAGACCCUUUUUAAAUCAAGCAUGGUGCUGUCUUCACCUUUGGAUGCCCAAGUACCCUAAAUAUCUUUGUAUUAAAUUAUGAGCAAGAAAGUGAUUAAUUGUUCCCUGAACUUCAGUUUCUUCAUUGAGACUGUGUCACCAAAUCAUAUAUUUUAUGUCGCUAGGAGAUGGCAGAUGUAAAUCAAGUAUCUGCCUGCUCUAGAAUAUCUAACAAGAGAGAAAAUUACUUCCAUCCGUUAACGCAGACAGAUUUUCUUGAGAGGAUUUGCUGCUUUCCAAAUUCAGUGUUAAAAUAUUAUUUCAUCCUCGCAGGUCUGCCUGUCGGUUUCCAGCACAAGGGGCAUUGCCUCAGUUUGUUUGUAGUGUUGGCAAGAACAACCUGCUGCUCUGCCUCAUUUUCUAAAUGCCUUUUUUUUUUAUAAACUACAUAAUUUAAAAGCUAUAAGUAAAUAAAAAAUCCAAGAUAAAUUUAUAUUUUGGGUUUCUUCAGAAGGAAAGGCAGUGGCCAUCCUUUCUCAAGAAAUUAAAUGAUCAUUUAAUUAGCCCAAAAGAAGACUGAACCCCAUCUACCUCAUUUCCCUGGUCCAAAACCGAACACAGUUAAGUAGAAAGGGGAGUUUUUUCCCAAAUAAUCAUGUAAUCAGUUAUUUUCAAGUCACGCUGACUCCAAAGUGAGGGCCACUGAAAAUUAAACAAACUAAAAAACCUUAAACAAAAAAAAUAAAGCUUAGGAGUAGCCUCGUUGUCGUGUUGUCCCUGUGCAUUCAUUUUCCUGUUCAGAUAAGUCAUGCACUUGAAGAAUUGGAAGUUCACAACAGCACAGCCAAAUCUCAUCUUCCUAAUUAGGACCCUGGAAGGAAAAAGCAGCGUGUAAACCAGAAAAAUAUCAGCCCGUGAUUGCACUGAAAUCGCAAAGCUUAAUGCAAGAUGUGUUCAUAAGUGCUUUUGCAGAAAGAAACAGCCUCUGCCAUGCAAUUACAAAUUUAAGCUCUGUGGAAAAGAUUUGUUUGCUGAGUGAGAAAGGCAUCCACCCCAGGCUGCUGGUCACAGAGAGUCUGGCGUAAUAAUCGCAGGCUGCAAUACAAAUACAACAGCUUGAAGACCUUUGACAUUUGAUUAAUAUUUUCCUCUUUUACAGAGUGAAAAGAGUUUGGACCUUAAAAGGAAGAUGAGCUAAGGCUUUAAUUAGCAUGGCCACAGAGAAAGAAAUUAAGAACAACUAUGGAGAGCACUCAGCUUUGUCCUGUCACCAUGGAUGAGUGGUAGUGGACUGCUGUAUCUGCCAUAACCCCUUUCCUGGAGCCAUUGCAAGCAUCUUACAUGCAACAUGGCCAAAGAUUGGUUACAGAUGUACAGAGAUCAGGUCACUCUCUUAAAAAGCAAGCAAACGAUCUCGGCCACCAGCAAGGACAAAAAUAGGACUCGUGAUGUUACGUCAACAGCUAGUACUUGUCAUUGGAAUAUCACUAGCUAGUGAUAUAUGUGCAUCUAGAAGCUGUUAUUCAGAAGCCCAAAUCUCCCUGUAUCAUUUCUGCAACCUCACAGAUAUUCCACUUGUGCCAAAGGACACAGUGAAGCUUUUGCUAGCUUUCAACUAUAUCAGACAAGUGACUGCAACUUCCUUUCCACUGCUGGAGCACUUGUUGUUGUUGGAAAUUGGAGCGCAGUAUGUCUAUCCUGUUACCAUAGGAAAAGGAGCUUUCAGGAACCUGCCAAACCUUCGUGUCUUAGACUUGGGAUUCAAUAACAUUCUUCAGCUGGAUCUUGAUGCUUUUGUAGGCUUGCAGCAUCUGAGUGUACUCCGUCUGUUUCAGAACAACCUGGGAGAUUCCAUCCUGGAGGACCGCUACUUUCAAGAUUUGAGCUCGUUAGAAGAAGUGGAUCUUUCAGGGAACCAAAUCACUAAACUUCAUCCUCAUCCCUUAUUUUAUAAUCUAACAGUCUUAAAAACUGUGAACCUGAAAUUCAACACAAUAUCCAACCUGUGUGAAAGCAAUCUUACCAGCUUCCGAGGAAAACACUUCAUAUUUUUUAGUCUCAGUUCUAAUCAAUUGUACAAGACGGAUGAAACGGUCUGGGCUAAAUGCCAAAAUCCUUUCAGAAAUAUUACAUUUGACUCACUAGACCUUAGUGGGAAUGGCUGGAGCACAGAGAAAGUCCAAUAUUUCUGUGCAGCCAUUAAAGGUACUCAAAUUGGUUCUUUAAUAUUUGGCCCUCAUGUAAUGGGUUCAGGUUUUGGCUUUAAUAACUUAAAAAAUCCAGAUAAUAAUACAUUUGCAGGGCUAGCAAGAAGUGAUCUUCAUUUGCUUGAUAUUUCAAAUGGUUACAUUUUCUCUCUCAAUUCCUUAAUCUUUCAAAGCCUUGGUAAUCUGGCAUUUCUGAACCUUUUCAAAAACAAGAUAAAUCAAAUCCAAAGGCAAGCAUUUUUUGGCUUGGGAAACCUAAAAGCUCUCAAUCUGUCAAGUAAUCUUUUAGGCGAGUUGUAUGAUUAUACUUUUCAGGGUCUACGCAGUAUACUGUAUAUUGAUUUACAGCAAAAUCAUAUCGGGAUGAUUGGUAAAAAUUCAUUCAGUAACUUAGUAAGCCUGAAAAUAAUUGAUCUCCGAGACAAUGCCAUUAAAAAACUCCCUUCCUUUCCACAUGUGACCUCUGUCUUUUUAGGUGAUAAUAAACUAAUGUCUGUAGCUGGCACAGCAAUAGCAACAACACACCUUGACUUAGAACGAAAUUGGUUGGCAAACGUGGGUGACCUGUAUAUUCUUUUCCAAGUUCCAGAUGUGCAGUAUAUCUUCUUAAAACAGAAUCGCUUCUCUUACUGUGUGAAGAGUGAAAAUGCUAUAGAAAACAGUCAGUUAAUCUAUAUGGAUCUAGGCGAAAAUAUGUUACAGCUUGUGUGGGAGAGAGGUUUAUGUUUGGAUGUGUUCGGGGCACUGUCAAAACUUCAGGUUCUACAUCUGAAUAACAACUACCUCAGUGCUCUUCCACAGGAGAUUUUUAGAGGUCUAACAUCUCUAAAAAGACUUAAUCUAGCUUCCAACCUAUUGUCUCAUCUUUCUCCCGGGAUUUUUCCACAAAGCCUAACCAACCUAAACUUAACUGGAAAUCAGCUUUUAUCCCCUGAGCCUGAAGUCUUUAUGACUUUGAGUAUUCUGGAUAUAACACAUAAUAAGUAUGUCUGUGAUUGUACUUUAAAGAAUCUACUAGUGUGGCUAAAUGAAACCAAUGUAACCCUGGCUGGCUCAGAAGCUGACAGGUACUGUGUAUACCCACCUGCAUUUGCAGGGGUACCACUGUCCUUUCUGACAUAUGAUGAUUGCGAUGAAGAUGAACUCCAGCAGAUGCUCAGGUUCUCAGUAUUUGUCUUCACCUCUGUCACUCUUCUAAUGUUUCUGACAGCAGUCAUCAUUUUUACUCGCUGCCGAGGGAUUUGUUUUGUCUGGUAUAAAACUAUCACAGAAAAAAUUAUAGACAGGCAUCCACAAGCAGCAGAUAAAAGUGAAUACAGAUAUGAUGCAUAUUUGUGUUACAGCAAAAAGGACUUUGAAUGGGUCCAGAAUUCCUUGAUAAAGCAUCUGGAUUCACAGUAUUUUGAUAAAAACAGAUUUACCUUGUGCUUUGAGGAAAGAGAUUUCUUACCUGGGGAAGAACAUAUCAACAAUAUUCGUGAUGCCAUUUCGAACAGCAGGAAGACAAUUUGCAUUGUGACCAGGCAGUUUCUCAAAGACGGGUGGUGUGUGGAAGCCUUUAAUUUUGCCCAAAGCAGGUACUUUUCUGAUCUGAAAGAUGUCCUCAUUAUGGUAGUGGCUGGAUCACUUUCUCAAUAUCAACUGAUGAAACACAAACCAAUUCGGAACUUUUUACAAAGGAGCCAAUAUUUGCGAUGGCCUGAAGAUUAUCAAGAUGUAGACUGGUUUUUAAAUAAUCUUUCUUGUCAAAUUCUGAAGGAGAAAAAAGUGCAGAAGGUAGCCAAUGGUAUAGAGCUGCAGACUGUAACAACGGUCUCACAUUGACACUGUAUGGGCUUUCUAUAAACUCCAUUUCCAGCUGUGCCAGGAACGGCAAGAAUAAAUAGAAGUUUGCAUCAUCUUCCAGGUAGAAAGAUAACUAUCUCAGUAUAAAUCCUACUAAACAUGGAAACAGCUUGAAAGCAACCAGAAAAUGUAUGUAAGUGCAAUUUUUAUAGACUAUGACACUCAUUUUCAGAAGAGUUAAAUGAAUCACAGAUGCUUCAUAUUUUGGAUGCUCAGCUUCAGACACUUUAGUCCUGAUUUUCAGUGUACUACUUACUUACAGGUCUGUUUCACUUAGAGAAGUAUGCCUUUGUUUUUUUUUUUAUAAAGAGCCCACAGUACUUUAUGGGAGCAAGCGUGUUCUCAUGUGUGAACUGUUGGUUCAUGGAUUAUGUAUUCCUGUGCUUUUUGAACUCUGUAACUGCUCAUGCUCUGUUUCAAAGUACAACCAGUGCUUUGCACAUUUACGCUUUAAAUUGGUGUAACACAGAUUUCAUUUAUUUUUUUUUUCUACUCAAUUAGCCUCAGCUUCUCAACUGGCAUGUACAAACUUUGAACCUUUCCCCUCCACAACUGCUCUAUUUGCUGGUAAAACUAUGGUCAUUGGUCUACUUCAUUUGCUGCUGUUUCAGCCUGGUGCUUUUGCAGCUGAGCUGCCUCCUGCCUUGCAGGGAAACAGGUAUCCCCUUCUGAUCUGAAAAGCAAACAAGAAAACUACCUCAGCAGCUGCAUGGGCUGUAUACUGGUGACAUGGCCAGUAGCCCAGUGAUGGCCAGACAGCUUUCACGUUCUGGGAGUGGAAAGUACAGACAAUUGGUGUGUAAUUUGGGUUCUCCUCUGUACAUCCUGGGUCCUGAUCAACUCCAGGGUGUUUUUCUGCUUCUAUUUAAGUAUUUUUCUAGAAUCAUUAAUGCGUGGUACUCUCUUACCUCUCUAAUCACUUUACCACUGUUUGUUCAGGUAUCUGUCUUCAGGGCGUUGUUCAGGGUCAUUUUAAAUAGGUGUGACUCAGUGUUCACUGUUAUAAAACCUGCACCUAUUAUUUCGAUGGUGACGUAUUCCUUCUGUGUACUGUUCAUCUUGGUUUAUACAUUUAUUCAACAAAAACUUACCAAAUCAUUUCAGUAUGGCCUCAGUGAGUUUUUCGCUGUAGCGAGGAAGCAGGAAUGGGAGGUUUAUAAGCUGUCUUGACCUUAGCUGCAAACAAAUACUACCAUCUUAACUAUUUUGAUGGAGAUUAAGAAGUACAACCCACUUCCUGUACAUGCAUCUUUUUGAAUAUAGAUGUGCCUGUGGUUGAUCUAAUUUACUGUCAGUGUAGCGGUAUACAGGAUUUCUACUGAUAAAAUUACUACAGGAAAAUAUUACUUCCUUGUCAAUCAGUGUAGUCACUCAAGAGCAGAAAAGGGCUAAACGUUGGAAAAUUUUCCAGGAGGCACAGCGGAGCAGAUUAGAAAAUGGCCUGGAUGAUGUGGAUGAAGCCCUGGGUGUCGCUGUGGGCUCGGGUGACAGCCAGGGCUUCCCAAACGCCUCCAGCAUCCGUCUGCUGCAGCUGCUGGUGUUAGGGACAAAAUGCUGCUGCAGAGGGAGGUCUGAAAAACAACCAGCAGCCCUGGUUUCCCACAUACCCCGUGAGCUGCCAGAAAAGCCACCAGCUGCAUUUCAGCUCUCUUACACUGAUCUGAAAGUGUCCAAACUUUUUUUUCUUCCCAACUAGUGCAAAUAUUUAUAGGCAUCCUUUAAAGUCAGAGGUUAUACCAGGGAGUAUAUCACGUUAAAAAUCACUGACAAGUAGCCAAAGCAAGAAUGAAUCUGUACAAUGAAGAUCAUGUGCAGGUCUAGGCUGUUAGUCUAUGGAUCUGUACAUGGUGUAAGAGAUGGGAAUUUUAAAAGCACACUUAAGGAAUUAUAUUUGAAUGAACGUCACAAAAUAUUUUUGAUCAAGUGUUAACUGAGACCCCUCUUCUGUUAGGACCUCAUCGUAUUCUUACUAGGCACUCCUAUCGCUUCAGAUACUUAAAACUUACUUCAGGUAACCUACGUAUGCAGGAACGACAAGCAGAACAGAGAUUACUGAGAUGGCUUUAAACCAAGGCUUUUUGAUUUUGUUUUAAAUGUUUCUAUGUACUUCAUGCUUAUGACAGUGGUGGGAGGUGGCUACAUAAAAUUUGUAUUUACUUCAGCCUUUGAAAAGGUCUGACUUUUUACAUAAAGGUUAUAAUAAAACCUUUGGAUGAAA